CCCGCCCCCGGAGGAGCAGAGGCGGCCGAGGUGACGGCGGCGUCUUCGCAGCUCGGGCUGAGGCGGCGGCUUCGGCCCCGGGGUGAGCGGAGGAGCGGGCCAGCGAAGGCGGGAGCGGAGCCGGAGCCGGAGCCGAGCGGCUGCUCGGGAUGGCAGAAGACCAGGAGCCCCCUCAGCUGGGUCAGGUGCCGCCAGAGCCCAUGGCUCAGCACUGCAACAGUAACACUUACCGGAGCGCCCAGCAUUCCCAGUCCCUGCUCAGUGGGCUGUUGGCUCUUCGAGACAGCGGGAUUCUCUUUGACGUGGUCUUGGUGGUGGAAGGCAAGCAGAUAGAAGCCCAUCGCAUCCUGCUGGCCGCGUCCUGUGACUACUUCCGAGGAAUGUUUGCAGGGGGGCUACGAGAGAUGGAGCAGGAAGAGGUCCUGAUACACGGCGUUUCCUACAAUGCCAUGUGCCAGAUUCUCAAUUUCAUUUACACGUCUGAGCUGGAACUCAGUCUGCACAAUGUCCAGGAGACCUUGGUGGCCGCCUGCCAGCUUCAGAUCCCAGAAAUCAUCCAUUUCUGCUGCGACUUCCUCAUGUCCUGGGUGGACGAGGAGAACAUCCUCGACGUGUACAAGCUGGCUGACCUCUUUGAGCUGGGCCGGCUGACGGAGCAGCUGGACUCGUACAUCCUCAAAAACUUUGUGGCCUUCUGCAGGACUGACAAGUACCGUCAGCUGCCCCUGGAGAAGGUCUACGCCCUGCUCAGCAGCGACCGGCUGGAGGUCAGCUGCGAGAAUGAGGUCUACGAGGGGGCCCUCCUGUACCACUACACCCAGGAGCAGAUCGAGACUGGCCAGGUGUCGCUGCUGGAGCCGCCCAAGCUGCUGGAGACCGUGCGCUUCCCGCUCAUGGAGCUGCCGCUCCUGCAGAGGCUCCACGAUAAGCUCAGCCCGUGCCCGCUGCGAGACACGGUGGGUGAUGCCCUGCGCUACCACCGCCACGAGAGCCUCCAGCCCAGCCUGCAGAGCCCCCACACAGCCCUGCGCUCCGAGUGCCACUGCGUGGUGGGCUUCGGGGGCAUGCACUCCACGCCGUCCACGGUCCUCAGUGACCAGGCCAAGUACCUGCACCCGACGCUGGGAGAGUGGAGGCACUUCACCGCCGCCUUGGCGCCCCGCAUGUCCAAUCAGGGUGUGGCCGUGCUGCACAACUUCGUCUAUUUGAUUGGUGGGGAUAACAAUGUCCGUGGAUUCCGUGCUGAGUCCAGGUGUUGGAGGUACGAUCCAAGGCACAACAGGUGGUUUCAGAUCCAGUCCCUGCAGCGAGAACACGCCGACCUCUGUGUGUGUGUCCUGGGCAAGUACAUCUACGCCGUGGCUGGGCGAGACUACCACGCAGACCUGAAGGAGGUGGAGCGUUAUGACCCCGAUACCAAUAGGUGGGACUACGUGGCACCCCUGAGUAGAGAGGUGUAUGCCCAUGCGGGGGCCACUCUGGACGGGAAGAUGUACAUCACCUGUGGCCGGCGAGGCGAGGACUACCUGAAGGAGCUGCAGUGCUACGACCCAGACGCCAACUGCUGGGAGGCACUGGCCAACAGCCCCAUCCGGCGUGCCUGGCAUGGCAUGGCCACCUUGCUGGGCAAACUAUACGUGAUCGGUGGCAGCAACAAUGACUCGGGUUACCGGAGAGACGUGCACCAGGUUGUGUAUUACAGUCCAAGCACCAGGCAAUGGACGGCAGUCUGCCCACUCCCUGCUGGGCAUGGUGAGCCAGGCAUUGCUGUCCUUGACAAUAAGAUCUAUGUUCUGGGGGGCCGCUCCCACAACCGAGGCAGCCGCAUGAGCUACGUCCAUAUCUAUGAUGUGGAGAAGGACUGCUGGGAUGACGGGCCUCAGCUGGAGAAUGCCAUCUCGGGCCUGGCGGCCUGCGUGCUCACUCUGCCCCGAUCGCUGCUUACAGACCCUGCCCGGCGAACCCCUGACUGGCACCCAGACCGGGGGCAGCGGGACCUUGACCUGGGCUCCGAGGUCAUGAGUGUGUCUGACUGGGAGGAGUUUGAUAAUUCCAGUGAAGACUGAGCCUUGGCAGGCGGCCCCUCUUGUUUUUAGAGGGAAGGAUGGCAGGGUCCUCGAGGGUGCAGAAACCUCAGAUAGACUUAGCCAUUGAGAAAUGAAUGCUUCACCUCGUCCCUGCCCCUCUGAAGAGUUGGGAGGCUGGCAAAAGGCCUCUCAAUCUCUUUGUCGUCAUUGACCACGUGCGACUCAGAACUCACCCCAGGAGCUAUUUGAGCAAAGAAACUUGGCCUGGCUGACAAGAUGUGCAAACAAAGGACCCUUAAACCUUUGUAGAUCUCCCCCUCCUUCAGCUGUCAGUAUCCUGGGCACCCUGCUGGCCUUGGGCUCGGUCAUGUUGUCCAGGUUCCUUGGGGAAGGAACCCUCCUCCUCCAGAGCCCCCAAAGCAGAGGCUUCUGGGAGCAGGGUAUGCAGCUGACUGCUGGAGCAGGAAGCAGCCAGAUGGGGGAGACCUUGGCCUUGUGAGGACAGGCCCCCAAGGGCCAGAAGGAGCCUCAGCAGGCAGGAGGCUUAGAACCACUUGUGAAGAUGCAAAGGGCACCGAGUGCGAUUG